AAAAUGUUUACUUGCUGCCUAAUAUAUCACACCCACUAACAGGUGCCAUGAUGAGGAGAUAAUCAGUCUUAUUCACUAAUGUUAUGCCUGAUCGGUCUACUUGUAUAAAUGAAUCAUGGAAAUGAAAUUAUGUACCAGACCGCCUCUUCAUAAUUUUAAGGGCGGGGACCAAAUACCACUACUACACUUUAGCUGACCUUCGUGAAUACAAACCCAACUUGUACAUUUUGACUGUAACUAUGCACGUGUACAAGAUACAAGUUUUUAUUUAUCGUGAUUUACUUGCACCAUAAUCGUGGAGGUCAUUUUAGGUGAGAGCGCCUAGGUGUGAGUGUUAAUGCGCUUGAACGUGGGGGAAAACCCACUAGUUUCGGUUUUAAGUGUUAACGUAGUUUAUCUACUCCAGCGCAUUUAUUUAUUUUGCAUUGGAAUUAAAGUGUCCAUAUGGAUAAAGUCGAUCGAAAUCCGCCUGAGCUCUUUACCCCCAAAGUAACCAACUUCUAAGAGGAACAGUGGCUUUUCAUCGACAGCAUUAAAGAGAAAGUGAAGAGUUUACAGUCUAAUUUCCUUUCUAUCAAACCUGAUGGCUGUUGAAUCAUGCAGUGUGCAGAUACAAAAACGCCGUGUGGAGCUGGUGGAGAACUGGAGCAAGCACUUGAACCCUCUCCUGGAUAACCUCCUGGAAAUGGAGGCUGUGACAGAAGAGGAUCUGAGUUUUAUCAAAGGUGGUGGACUCUUAGGUGAACGGGACUGUAUGAGGGCACUCCUGGAUGUCCUGCAGCAACGAGGAGAGGAGCCGUGCCAAGCUUUUCUGUUCCUCUUGUCCAAAUUUGAAGCGUCUAAUAUCACCAGAACCACAAACCUGAGCGUGAAAAAUCCUGCGACUGACCAUCUCCAAAGACACAAAGAUAUCUUAGCCAGGCAACACACUCCAGGGAAUUAUCUCGGAUUGACGUCCGGACUUCCCAAGGCAGACUGGUUCACGGACAUUACAUUUUCGAAGAUUGCAGGACGCCAAGUGCCAGUUCAUUUCCAGCAUGAGACGUCGGUUGUCGGGGACGCCUUUAGGGCAGGGAGAGCCGAAGCAAGAGGACAUGGGGAGACUUGUUCUUUUAAAGGCAUCUAUCAGAGCCUGCUCUCUGACUCCGGAAAUGGUGUGGCCUUGUUGUGUGGGGUGGCAGGUAGUGGCAAAACCACAGUGAUUAAACGGUUAGUUCAGGAAUGGGCUGUAGAUGCAGACACACUAAAGAUCAUCUUGCCUCUGCCUUUUCGUGAACUUGGCCUGAUUACUGAACCCCUGAGCCUCCAGGUGUUGCUGUCUGAUCAUUACAGUCAUCUGAAACCUAUUUUGCCAGAAUUAAUGACUUCCAACCAAAGCCAGCUUCUGCUUAUUCUGGAUGGUCUCGAUGAAUUCUGUUUCCCCUUGGACUUUGAACACACUCCUAAAUGUUCAGACCCUGAGCGGGAGCUCUCGGUAGGUGCCAUGGUAGUGAAUCUAAUAAAAAGGAUCCUCUUGCCAGAUAUAGCUAUUCUCCUCACUUCUCGUCCUCACGCUGUCGCAAAAGUCCCACAGCUGCUGGUAAACAAUUUCUACAGCGUGUUAGGGUUCUCCCCAGACCAACAACGCCAGUACUUUGAGAAAAGCUCCAAGAUCUCUGCUACAGUGUGGGCAUUUGUAUCUUCUCACAAACCCCUACAGCUCAUGUGUCACAUCCCUGCCUUCUGCUGGAUUGUGUCUACUGCCUUGCACAAUGGCACUUCCUGCCUCUUUUCUGACUCUGUACCGCAGAGGGGUGAGUCACAAACACCUAAAGAAGAAGGAGAUGAUCAGUGUCACGCCUCAUCUGAGCCUAAUACAGCGAUUAACAACAGCCAUGUCAUUGGCUCCAGGCCAGUCACAAUCACUGAGAUCUACUGCUGCUUUUUUAAAAGCAUACUGCUCUUCCAUGUAGGUGGGUGUGUAGAGGGCAUGCAUCUCAACAGGCUUCAGGAUGCCCCUCGUGUCCUAAAGGAGACAAAAGCAAAGCUUAGAUGUUUGGGAGCCCUGGCCUUCAAGGGCCUGCUGGAGAGGCGGUUUGUUUUCGACUCCUCAGACCUGGCUUCUUUCUCUCUAGACUGCAAUGAGCUCUUGCGUGCCUUAUUAGUGGAAAUCCUUAAAGUGGACAGAUCUUCUCUAACAUAUGAGAAGCACUUUCAGUUUAUUCAUACCAGCCUCCAGGAGUUCCUAGCUGCACUUUUUUAUGUUCUGGAGUCAUUGUCAGGUUCGGACCCAUUCACAGGACUUAAGUCGAACAUGGGCCUGCUUGCUCCAGCAAUGCACUCGCACUUAAUGUCUGUUAUCAGUAAACUACGUCGACCACAACAGCUCUUGCGUAGACGUAUUAAAAAAGCUCUCCACUGGGGAGAACGCCAUCAGUCUGGACACCUGGAUCUGUUCUGCAGAUUUGUAUCUGGCUUGCUAGUCCCCAAGACCCGCUUCAUCUUGAAUGGCCUUUUCUGUGAUGAGCCAAGGUCUUAUUUGGCCUCGUGUGUGCCCUUGCCUCAUGCUUCUCCACCAUUUGUGCUGCAGUUGCUCCACUCACAGCUCCACAGCCCUACUCUAAGUCCUGAGAGACAGCUGAAUGUGUGCCACUGCCUUUACGAAGCUCAGGACCCUGGGCUGCCGCAGCGACUGCAGGCCUGGCUAAAGUUGCUCUCUCAGGAAGGUAUGGGUCACUGUAACUUAGCUAACAGGGACUGGAGUGAGCUAGCUUUUCUGCUGCAGCUGAGUCCUGAUCUGCAGACGCUCAGUUUGGAAGCACAAGGGCUCAAUGCUAAUGGACUACGCAGACUCCUGCCUGUGCUUCCCCUCUUCUCCACCCUCAGGCUUGCACAGAAUCCUCUGGGACCAGAGGGAGCAGAAGUGUUGUCUCUUGCUCUCCAGAGCCCUGACUGUCAUAUUGAGCGACUGUGGGUGGUAUCGACAGGUCUGGGCUGUGAGGGAGUCAGGAUCCUAGCAGAGGGACUUAAAAAGAACCACACAGUGUAUGACCUCAGGAUGGCAAUUAAUAAUAUUGGUGACAUUGGAGCUGCCUCUCUUGCUGAAUUAUUGAAGACUAAUCAUACUCUGAAAGAUAUCAGACUUAGGGACAAUUUUGUGACAGACAAAGGGGCAGAACUCCUCAAGGAAGCCCUUAUGGAAAACACCACCUUAGAGUUCCUCUGGUUGUUUGACAACAAAAUGUCCAAGGAAGGCGUUCGGCAGCUGAAGGAAUUUUCAAAGAACAGACCCAGCAUUGACAUUAAGGUCUGCUUCUGAUCCCCAGUUAACAAGUUAUUAUAGAUUAAAGACAUGUUAUUGGUAAAAGGUAAUAUAACUCAGGAUACGUCUAGUUUUCUCUGGACUAGGAUUGUGUUACACCCGUUAUGGUCUGAAUCUGCAUGGACAUGGGUUAUAAAGAUGCUGGAUGCAUUGUAUAGGGAUGUUGUACCUUGUGGAAGGGACUGCACAGUUAAUAUGUAUUGGAUAGUGUUGAUUUCCACGUAUUGGAAAGGCUGACGUGUGACUGGAACCUGCACCUUUUGUUUCUGGAACCGUUCACUGAUACAAGACAUGCAACUUGGUGCAGUGAUGAUGUUGAUGAACUUGUUGAUGAACACCACUUGACCAGUGGUGCAGUCUAUACACUGUGCCUUUUAUACCACAUGGUCAGUAGGUACUAUGAACUCUGUUGUUUACCAUUUGUAUUGUGCUCCUCUGUGAACAAGAUGAAAUCUGGAUUUUGCUGACCAAUUAAUCUUUCCCACUCAUCAGCAGUUGAGCUUUGACCUAGUAGAAAGUCUUACAAAUCACUCAGGAAAUUUCAAAGCUUAACUGAAAACUAAAGAGUGAGAGUUUUUAUCAGUUAUUGUGUUACACUAUCAUGGAUGUUUACUUAUAAAUAAUUAGUUUCCAUAAAAAAGUAGGAAUAAUUUUAUUGAAUUUCACAAUAGCCAAGUCCGCUAGACCAAACCUUAAUUAUUCAUAGCUUUUCGUCCAAGUCGGAUCAUUCAUUCAUCUUAAGGAAGUGCCUUAUCUUGGUCAGUCAUGGAUCCAGAGCCUCUCCCAGGAACUCUGGCCAUGUGAUGGUAAUACACUCUGGAUGGGAUGUCAGUCUAUCGCAGGUGAUCAUUCAAAUUCUUAUAAUAAUUCAAAUUCUUGCAAUAAUUCCUAUCUGGUGUUGAAACACAGUAUGAUUGCACUAACCAGACCAAAUAUCUGAAGUGUCAGCCUGCAGAAACGCCUUGUUUCGUUUGACAUGUGACUUCUACUUUCACAAUUAUGUGGGUUUUUUUUUUUUUCUUCAUUAUUGUUACAACACUUGGGUGGUUUUUAGGUCCUUGUCCAAGUCUGUAUGGUUGCAUAUGUUGAAUGCAAGGAAAGGAAAAAAUAAAAAUGUGAAAACGUGUCAUUCCAAUAUUAAGGUCAGAAGGACAGAAUGGCCGAUUAGGGAACAUGCUUCCUUUCCACGCACACUCGGUCAGACAUGUCGGAGCAAAGCAAAAGAACAAACAGUUCAGGUUUUAAUUUUCUUUUUUAAAGUGUUUACAAUGGUUACAUUUUGCCUGUUACAGUAAAACUCUAAUGCAAUUAUUUAUUUAAUGUUU